GGUGCCUCGUCGCGCUGCGUAUAUCCCAACGGCCUCUGGCUACCGGCCUCCAGCUGCCUCCAGCCCCGCCGCCCGCUCUCCAACAUCAGCUCGCCAGUCUUCCUCUUACGGCAGCGCCAAUCUCGCGGAUUCUCGCCGGCGCUUCUGCCCAGCUUUCGCCGCUUUCGGACAACGCUUGCCUUAAAUCCCCCCGCCGCCGUCGCCUUCUGUAGCUUAGCCCUUGUAGCCCUGCCCACCCCAUGUCCUCCUCCAAGUCGCCCAGGCGCCAGUCCUCCUCUCGCCCGCCCACAACCCGCCGGAAGCCUUCCCAGUCCGCCGGCAAGGAAUUCCGGGUCACCGCCGAAGUAUGCCUCUCAGCGAAGGCCUCUGCCGCGUUGCGCAAGCCAACUGUUCUGUACAAGCGGAGCCACGACAGGCUCGACAAGUCCGGCGAAUCCCCAAGAAAGUCUGUCGACUCUAGCUCCAGGAAAGUCAAGGAGAAAACCAGUUGGCUCAGCCUGGGCCGCCACUCGCCGACGGAACAAUGGAAGCCCGCAAUAUGUCAACUAGUGGAAGAGGACGAAGCAUGUAUUCUGAAUAUAUAUCUAGAAGAAACAAUGUUGUAUCAGUCGAUCUACGUGUAUUCUCUUAAUCACACAGAUAUCCGACCUAUUCACCACUCGCUCUUCGACCGGAAGGACUGUCUAGGCAUCUACUGCGUACCCGGCCAGAUGUGGUGCGCGGUGCCCUCCUCCGACCCAGUCUUCCUCCGCCUCCCGGACGAAGAGACGCUCAACCUCUGGCUCGCGCUCCUGCGUUCCUACGCCGUCCCGGAGACGUACGGGCGCUGGCUGUCGCCGUCCGACGGCGGGCUCUACCGCAUGUGGCGCCAGGUCGAGCUCACCUGCCACCAGGGCCGCAACCUCGGCACCGCGCGCCCGCUCAACCCCGCCGCGGCGGGCGCGGUGCCGGACGACCCGUCGAGCCUCGUGGCGGGCGAGCCCGACACGACGCGCGGCGAACCGGACGCGCUCGACCUCGACGUCUACUGCGAGAUCUUCGUCGACGGCUGCCUGUGCGGGCGCACCACGGUCAAGCGCGGGCUCGGUGCGCCCGACUGGCUUGAGCGCUUCGUCCUCGCAGACCUCCCCCAGUUUGAGAACCUCGAGGUCGUCGUGCUGAGGGAGAAGAGGUUGUCGAAGCCCGUCGUGGUGGGCGUGGUGUCGAUUGCGCUGAUGAACUUUCGGAGAGGCGAGCAUAUCGAUGGGUGGUUCCCCGUGCUGUCGCCGAACCCGGGGACGUAUGCGCAGACGGGCGAGCUCAGAUUGAAGCUAAGGGUAGACGAAGAGAUCAUCCUCCCGUUUUCCGAGUACUCUGGGCUGCUCCAGACAUUCUCGUCAAGAAACAGUUUGGACUGGCUAGUGGACCUCGAGUCAAGGCUCAAGCUCAAGAACACGAUACCCCACCACAUCAUCUCCAUCGCAAUAGCCAAGGACGUGCUCGUUCAUGACAUCCUGGAGAUGGCCGACCGAGAGGUUGACGGCACACUUUCAUCACACAACACGCUCUUCCGCGGGAACACCGUCCUGACGAAGACGGUCGAGCUCUUCAUGGCGCGCUACGGGAGCGCGUUCCUCGAGGCGAGCGUCGGCGCGCCCGUGCGGCGCGUGUGCACGGACAAAAUCGCGAUCGAGGUCGACCCCUUGCGCUCGGGCAAGGGCGCGCGCAGCACGGAGAAGAACGUCGAGGCGCUCGUAUACUGGUGCCAGGAGUUUUGGAACUCGAUCUACGAGGCGAGGCAUGAGUGUCCUGCGGAGAUGCGGAGGCUGUUUGAGCAUGUCCGCAGGCUGGUCGAGAGACGGUACGGCCUGCAUGACGAGCAGAAUAGGGACCUGCCGUCGCAGAGCGUGUCGGCUUUCUGCUUCCUGCGCUUCAUGGUCCCUGCUAUAUUGCACCCGCAUUUGUUCGGGCUUUGGCCAGGGCUUCCGGACGCCCGUGUGCAGCGAAGUCUGACCUUGAUCGCGAAGGUCAUCCAGAACCUCGCCAACCUGAACGCAAGCGUGCAGAAGGAAGACUUCAUGCGCGGAGUGAGGGAUUUUCUGACCAACAGCGUCCCGCAUAUGGUCGACUACAUCGUCGUCGUCUCAACACCAGAGCCCCAGUCACCCAGCACGUCAUCUCCGCCGAUCGUUGACAAGAGCGACCGCCUCCGCAUCAUGCACACGCUCCGCCAGCGCGGGCUCGCCGCGCCCGUUCUCUACCGCGAAGCCACCCCACUCCUACCGCACGUCCUCGACCUCCCGCGGCACCUCGCCGUCGUCAGCGCGCUCGUCGUGCGCUACGCCCACGCGCGCAACUACACGCCCUCGACGUACAUCCACUCCGGCACCGGCGACCACUUCGACGAGUUCUGCACGCGGUGUCUCCAGGUCGAGGAGCGCGCGCUGUUCCGCGUCAGCCAGCUCGCGAGCAAGCCGCGGCGGCAGCCGUCGCAGCCGAGCAUAUCCUCUCCCCUCGCCGCCAGUAUACCCCUCCCGCCUUCACCAACAUCACCCAUGAAGAUUCCCGGGCGGCGGGAACGGCGGAUAUCCCUGCCGAAGAGCCCCAAGCUGCCGAAGAAGUCUGCGCGGCCGUCGACUGCGCCUGGGACGGAUUCGUCGCCAUACACUGAACCGGAGUCGAUGCCGAUGAGCCCUACGAGUGACCCAGAGCAUAUGUUGUCCCAGUCCGCUCCCAAUGCUGUGGAGAGUGUGCCCUCCCCGGACAGGACGCGUUCUUUGCGACGCCUAAAUACGCCCUUCUCCAAACAACCACGGUCUUCGUCGACUGACUCCGCGCUCACCCGUAAAGCGACUGGAGAGCGCAUCACACGUACUUCGACACGAACGCAAGAAGCGAGUAACGACUCUACUGACGACUCAACCAGGAAGCGGAAGAGCAUCUUCCGCGGCAUCCUGCGACGAUGACCCUCGAAGAUGCACACAUGUAUCGGUUGCUUUUUACAUAUAUUAUGC